CACCAACGUUGAGUUUGGACUUUGGAGGAACGUCGCCUGUACCGAUUUCUGUUGGUCCAAAAUUCCCUAGCACUUGAACGCAAAGUGCCGAGUGGAAUUCAUCGGUCCAACAUGCCACAACCAUCAGGCAGGCCCGCCCAAGGGCAGACCGGGAAACAAGAGGGAGGAGGCCAAGGCAGCGUACGUACGCCAUCGUUGAACCUGCGCAACCUACGAUAUUGACCGCCGUGAUAGAUGUUGAAAACCAUCCUCCAAACUGUCGGUAUCUUCCUAGCGGUCCAGUUCGUCACCAACCAGUUCUUUGGAAAGGGAAGCACGUCCGCUGGAAAGCCCGCCGUCCCCGACUUCGCCGAACGACCGGCGGUACCUGAUGCGGACGCGGAAUAUGCCAGGGUACCGAAUGUCAUCGCGCCGAUGUGGUCGUCCGGGUCGAAGUUGGAUCUCCGAGUCUAUGUGUCGCCGUCGAUGGUCCUGCCUUCCCUUUCAUCCAUGCCCAGCGAUUCGCUGGUUGUCGAUGAGCAAGAGUUUGGGUUCGGCAACUACAGCGAUAAACGCGAGAUCCAUGUGGAGUUCCCGGUUCCGGAAGCGGUGCAGAAUAAUGGAACGCUAUGGGCGCACUACUUCGUCGCGCAGUCCGGGUUCAAUAUGGACCCGGCGGCGAAGGACUACGACAUUGCCAAGGCAUAUAACUUCGCGCGACCCCUGACUCAAGUUCUGGUCAAGAAGCGGCAAGCGAAGCUGAGAAACCUGCUGGAAAAGAAGAACAUGUCGGAGGAAGAAGCCAGGGAAGAAGAGGAGCUGGCGAAGAAGCCAAAGGAAUGGGCAUCGUACUACCAUUCGAACUUUUCCCUCAACUUCAUCCCGGACUCAGGGACGCAGAAUUAUCCCCAGAUGCAUCCAUCUCUCAUCCAGUUUAUCCAGCUCGACCGAACCGGCGCACGGGAUGCGAGUGGACAGAAUGGAUGGUAUUUCCCGAUCCUCUAUCCGAACACCUUCUGGCAACUGCGCGACCAGAUGCUGGAGAUUAACCAGACGGUCAAGCAAUUGCCGCUCAAUAUCCAGCUCAGCAACCUGCCCAAUUGGAGAUACACCAUCUUUGCAAGCGUCGACGAAGGCAUGAAGGCGACCCAGUACCAGGCUGCGCAAGGCAAUGCGCCUGCGACGGGAGACGGAUCCGAGUUCGAGGAAUUCAAACGCAUCCUGCUCGACAGCAACACCUACCUGCUCGGCUUGACCUUCGUGGUCAGCGUCUUCCAUAUGAUCUUCGAGUUCCUAGCGUUCAAGAACGACGUCAGCCACUGGCGCAAGAAGAAGGACAACGUAGGCACGAGUUUCCGAACCAUCGUGGCGAACGUCGUCAUGCAGACGAUCAUCUUCCUGUAUCUCAUGGACAACAACGAGAAUACCAGCUGGAUGAUCCUGUUCAGUCAGGGAAUGGGCAUCGCCGUCGAGGCAUGGAAGAUCACGAAGACGGUGAAUAUUCGAGUUCGACCGACCGCACCCGGCUCGUUCCUGCCUUAUUCCGUCGUGUUCGAAGACAAGCACAAGCUGUCGGAGACGGAAAAGAAGACCGAAGAGGCUGAUGCCGUCGCCUUCAAAUAUCUAUAUCGCAUCGCCGUCCCUCUCCUUUUCGCCUACGCAGGUUACUCCUUGUACUACGAGACUCACAAGUCAUGGUACAGUUUCAUCAUCGCGACUUUAGUAGGCUCGGUGUAUGCAUACGGCUUCCUGAUGAUGGUCCCAUCCCUGUACAUCAACUACCGCCUCAAGUCCAUCGCGCACAUGCCCGGAAAGGCCAUGAUGUACAAAGUCCUCUCCACAUUCAUCGACGAUCUCUUCGCAUUCACCAUCAAAAUGCCUACCCUCCACCGUCUCGCCACGCUCCGCGACGACGUCAUCUUCUUCAUCUAUCUGUACCAGCGCUGGGCAUACCGCAUCGAUUACACGCGCGUCAACGAGUUCGGGCAGGGUGGCGAUGAUGAAGAGGAGGAUGCCAAGGAAGCUGCGAAGCCGCUUGCCGCACCUGCCGAUGCGGCGAGCAAGGGGGCGGAAGCAGCCGCGGUCAGCAAAAGCGCGGAGGCAGUUGCCAGUGGGAAGGAAAAGAAGGAGAAGCCGCGGAAGCGGAAGUGAGGGGUUAGGUUGGAUUGGUGCGGGCGGUGUGUUGGUGAUGUGUAUGUAUAGUGGGUUAUGAAAUAUGCCGUCCUACUUUCUAUAGAUGC